AAAUCACACUUUGCACGUAGCGCCAUCCGAUGACAUCGCCACGAAGUUCGGCACCAAAUUUUAAAUUGAAGAUGUAGCCGAUGCAGCUUUCCCAUGGCUUUCAGUUUAAAGUGUUUCAGGCUGCUAGCAAGGACCAGCUUUUCUUCACGAGCAGUCUUUGAUUAGUUGAGUACGAGGAGGCAGGUGAGGUGGUGUGAAACCGAUUAAGCCAGCGUCGACAGAAGGAAGAGCGCAUAGACUAGCCGGUUUGUCGAACAAGAACAACAAUCGGAGGAACACCUAGAACAGCACCUCGAGGAGGAAGACUGAAUGGGAGACCAAUUGCUCCGAAAAAGAAAGAAAGGAAGGCUUCAGGUAGAAAGCAAAGGAACCAUGACUACAAAUGACUUUGUCAAGAGCUUCUUGUGCCUUGCUUACUAAGAACUACUUCAGACGCUAAGACAGUAAACAUGGAUGAACCUCCGAAGAAUAAGGCAAUGGCUGGAAUGUGCCACACUAAAGAUGAACAUGCAGACACCUCCUCAAAUGAACAUCUGGCCGUAGUAGUAAAGACAGAGCCUUACAACUUUACGGUCUCGGCAGUGGAGGACAGCGUGGGACACAGCUGCGACUCAGCCUCAGAAGAAGCAAAAACAAGCACUGGCAUACUUGAUGUUAAGGAUAAGCACAAAGACACCUCUAAUCCAGCAUCUGCAGGUUGCCACUCUUCAAAUACAGAGCUCAACGUCAACACAACAAGUCAGCCUCCAUUCAACAACACUGUCCCAACGAACACUGCGAACAGUCAAUCUGCGAAUUCCAAGCCUAGGGACAUUGCUCCUUUCGCAGGCCAGAGCAAUGCCCAUGAGGCAAGCGAGCCCUCUAUUUGUCACCAGGAGAAGGACGGGACAUACAGGUGCAACAUGUGUUUGACUACGUGCGUUGAUGUUGACCAGUUGAAUGUUCACCUCGAGGCUCGCGAAACAAAAACGUUUACCUGCGCAGCAUGUUCUGUGAUGUUCCAUCAGGUGUCCGCUCUGCAAGUGCACAUGCAACAUCAGACAGGCGAGAAGCCACACAAGCGCGAUCCCUGUCCUGCAGCAUUCAGCCGUAGCACAGACUUGUGUCAUCACAAGAGGACACACGCAGGGGAGAAGUCAUACAAGUGCGAUCUCUGUCCUGCAGCGUUCAGCACCGGCGCACACCUGCGGCGUCACACGUGGACACACACAGGAGAGAAGCCAUACAAGUGCGAUAUGUGUCCUGCAGAGUUCUGCCAGAGCUCCAAUCUGAGGUCCCACAAACGGGUACAUACGGGUGAGAAGCCCUACAAGUGUGAUCUCUGUCCAACGGUGUUCCGCAGCGGCACACACCUGCAGCGGCACAGACGGACACAUACAGGGGAGAAGCCAUAUGAAUGCGAUCUGUGUCCUGCAGUGUUCAGCAACGACUCAUACCUGCGGUGUCACAGGCGGACACACACAGGAGAGAAGCCAUACAAGUGUGAUCUCUGUCCUGCAGCGUUUAGCACUGGCACACACCUGCAGAGUCACAGACGAAUACACACAGGAGAGAAGCCGUACAAGUGUGAUAUGUGUCCCGCAGAGUUCUGCCAGAGCACGAAUCUGAGGUCCCACAAACGGAUACACACGGGCGAGAAGCCCUACAAGUGCGAUCUCUGUCCUGCAGAGUUCAGGCGUGGCACAGACGUGUGGCGCCACAAGCGGAUACACACAGGCAAAAAACCGCACAAGUGUGAUCUCUGUCCUGCGGCAUUCAGCACUGGCACACACCUGCGGCGUCACAAGCAGAAUAGAAGCCAUACAAGGGAGACCUCUGCACUGCAGAGUUCGCCUCAACCUGCGGUGUCACGAGCUGAUGCAGAUGGGUGAGAAAGCAUAUAAAUGCAAGCUCGGCAGUGCUGCAUUUCUCAGCCGCAGAGACCGCAGCUGGGUCACACGUGGAUCAACACCCACAAGGAGCUGUACAAGUGCAACGUCCUCCUAACCUGUGGUAUCACGAAUGACAGAUGCAGUGGUGCGCAGGGCCUAGGUGGCCGCCAAAAGGGAGAGGGCACGGACUAACUGGUGCAUGAUGAUUAAGCGAACAAAAUACUGAGAGACACGGGACAGGGUUCUCAAGUUCUCAGAGACAAGUUCUCAAACACGGUAAGGGGUUUAAUAACAUGAACCCUUCAAGAUGGCCGUGCGUGCAAAACGGGAGUUGUGUAGAAUCGCAAAUGUGGAGCUUGGGAACCAUUUUUCUACACUAUGAACUGUUCUCUGCUCACGUUCCUUGUUAUAAAUGGGACAGCCUUUGUGCUAAACCUUACCAAACACAUGGCUCCCACUGGUCCUUGAAUACCCUGGAAUUUGAAAAUGCCAUUUUCAAUGUCUGGAAAACUCUUAAAUUUUUACAGUCCUUGAAAAGCCUCGAUCUUUUUCUUGUUCUCAUGAAGCUGCUAGCGCGAAAUUCAGCUUAUCCGGAGUCAGAACUACAGUUUCUAAGCUAGAGGAGUUAACAUUAUUUGCAGUAGGAAUCAGCAACAAAUUAACAACACCCUCCGUCAUACUAAUCACUUCCCCUUUCUGUCCCAUGAUCUUUAACAUUCACUAGUCGUCAAUCACAUUUGUUAACAGAUCACUAUUGUGAAGCACCCGUGUAUUCUCUCAUGUGUUACCAUAUUACAUGCUUACACGCUUAAGUGUUACAUGCUUAUAAAGAUUCUUGCGAAAUAGUGAAGUCCUGGUCAUAGGCCGUGUUUCACACUGCAGACAAAAUGACAGCUGAGCCUUAAAAGGUCCCUGAAAGACCCCUGAAUUUUUGUUCUAAAAUUCAGUGGGAACCAUGCAAACAUAUUUAGUGUCCAUUUCGUAUACUGUGUUUGCUAUUUGGUUUGUGUAACCUACAUGCUUACACAAUGUAUCCUGAAGGUGCAGCUAGAAAAAAUCGUUACCCAGUUUAAAAAUGUGCGUGACCUUGUACCCCCCAGAUUUUGAUAAUUUGUUUUUGAUAAUUUGUUGUGUCUUAAUUUGGGAGGUUGUGCACACCAUAUCAUUUCUGCCUGUAAAGAGUGAAGCUUAUCAAGCUUCUCUGUCCACCGCAGGGUGUCGAACCGAAACGUUUUUCGUUCCGGUUACAUCAUAAACGAUCCGGUACCGGUUCUGCUCUGGAGCAAAAAAAUACCGGUUCAUACCGGUUUUUAACCGGUUCCGCUUCUGCUGGGAAUAUUCGUCCCCACAAAAAAAAAUCAAUGUUACAAAAUGUAAACCCGUUUAUUCCGCAUACGUGGUAUUUAAUAUUAAUAGACAGCUGCGAAAUUGGUAGCUCCUGGUUCCUGUAGGUUACUGUCUGUUCAAAUGGGCUUUCUCCUUUCUUGAAGCGCGUGCUACAAACGGACUUGUUUGUCGUGAUGUCAUACGUAAAGUACUUUCUUGCUGGGUUGCAGCGAUCGCGUCCCAUCCGAACGUCUGUUGCUACUGUCUAGCCAGCACGCACCACCACACGAGUACGACGCAAAUCGAGGAACACCCUCUCUCACAAGCGCGCUCGACGGCUCCGUUUUAUUUUCUUCGUGUCCUGUCCACAGAAGAGUUGCCACUUCGCACGGGCUUGCCCUCGCGUAUACGUAAAUGUGUUCAACUUAGCUGCUCUCAAACAAGAGACGCGUUGCGCGACAUUACCGAUAAAGAAGCCAUUAUGCAGCCAACUUGGGUCGCGGUUUAGUUGAGGAGAGUUUGGGGGGAUCAAAUUAAAAUGAACACUACGGCACAUUGCUAGAGAGUCACAUGUACCUCUAAGUAUGUGUACGUGCGCGAACGAUAAACCAUUACAAAGGGAGCCUAAGGGUCAUAGUGUACCGACAUACAUUCCACGUAACCGUAACUGUCGUAUAGUAUCCACGACAUGACUUCAGAGCACACGACGUCAUUCGCCUAUCCGUAGUCCAAACCGACGAAGUUUUUUCUUGGACCGAAAACCGUUAAGUAUAUUUUUCGGUUUCCCUCCUGAGCGAAAAAAACGUAUACGGUUUCGAUUCCAUUCCGGUCCGCACCAAAAUAGCGUUUUUUUUCGGUUUUCGGUUCCGGUUUUCGGUUCGCUCCGACACCCUGGUCCACUGUGGACAUCUUGCAUGAUCUCGCUUGUGAGUGAAACCCAAUGCUUGCCCAGUGCUUGUGUUGUGAAACCCAAUGCUGUGUUCAGAAGGGUAUGAGAGGAGCCUCGCAUAACGAAACGUUUCGUUUCUGCAAUAAACUCUCAGUGGCACGUUACACUGCUCGGAAAUGGUGGAGCCCCUGAGAAACUGAAGAAGCAAACAAGGAUACUAUCUCUGUUCCAGCUCACUCUUGCCCUUUUCUGCUGACACUGCACGGUGCUAUACAAACACGACCCACUGGAGAACAUAGCUGAAACCUUAUCGUAGCACGAAAGGACUAAAAAAAGACUCCAAGGAGACGCAAAGAAUUCCUUAGCUGCAGGACUUGUGAAAAAACCCGCUGCAAAAUUUGUCCCCUCACGUUGUCAGCAUGGGACGGGACAACCACCGCCACAAACUUCAAAUUCCAUAUCAAUGGCACCUUUGACUGUGGGACUUGGAACGCAGUAUACCUUCUGCCUUAAACCAUAUUUCAAGCUUAAUACAUUGGACAAACCUGUACAGCAUUUUGAAUUCGCUUCAACAACCACAAGUCCCACACCAAAGCAACACCGGAGCUUCCACAGUCUAGGCAAGAGCGAUAGGGAUCGUGAAAUGAAGGAAUCCUUUUUAAUACAUAAAUUCAACCCAGUCCUGAACGAAGACCCGGGAUCCCUAUCCGCCGUGAAAAACAGGAAGAAAAAAUAAAGCCUACAACACAACAGGAAGCUACUCCCGUUUCCGCGAUGCAAACAAGUCCUUUCCACACACAUGCCUCCCACCCAUGUGCAAAACACACUAGAAAGGGCACCCGCACACAAAAUUUAUUACCUUCGUUCGGCGACCCCAACGUACUGAAAGCACACGAAAGUGACUGUUUUCUGUUUGACGAGCUCAUAAUAUCUUUUCACUUAAAAAAAUAAAAAACACUGUUCUC